AUGUACCCAGAAACAUACUGGACGGCGUACGACACGACCAUCCCGAACGCCGACGACGCUGUCUUUGGCACAACGCAAUCGAUAAUCGACGCGAGCGCUGAUGGAGCCGACGCUGGGAGCACCACUGCACCCUCGCGGGGCCUUCCCACAGAGGGGGUGCUAGUCGGCGGCAAAAGCAAGCAGCUCAAGAAGAUAUCCAAGCGCGCUCGCAACAACGCCAUCAAGGGUGGCCCCGUCAACAGCCCGUCGUCUAACCCGACACUUCCACCAACCUGGGUGACAGCUGUUCCAGGGGGUGGCGCCUCCGGGGACGAUGUCACCUGGGCAACUCCGGUCCCACCGCCCAGGGUGACCGCCGUGCCCGGAGGGCCCAAAGGUACUGACGUGACUUGGGCGAGCGUCGCUGGGCGCCAUGACAGCCAGCAGCCUACACCCCAAGCCUCGGCUGAGGGGGUGGACGGCGCGCAGCUCGUGACUGCGAACAUGACGCAUACAAUGCGCAUGCACAGGACAGACUUCGAGGAGCUCAGUGAGGCUCUCGAAGACGGUGACGAGGAAGCGAUCGAGCAGUUCAUCACCAAGCAGAAGAUAGAAAUGGAUGCCGUCAUACACUGA